AUGGAGAUCCCCAUGCCCUCAAUUGUCGCCGUUGUGGUUCUGGCAGUGCUUCUGACCAAGUAUCUCGUCCUGGACGCCCUCUACCUAAGCCCGCUCAGCCAGAUCCCGGGACCGCGGUGGUACGCCCUGACGAAGUGGCGGCUGGCCUACGAAGACUGGAAGGGCACGAGCACGCGGACGUUGGACGGCCUGCACCGCGAGUAUGGUCCGGCGGUGCGCAUCGGGCCCAACCAGGUCUCCUUCGCCAGCAUGAGUGCGCUGCGGAGCAUCUACGGGCCCGGAAACCGGUACGGCCGCACGGCCUUCUACCGCAUGUUCGACGUGUACGGGCGGCAGAACCUGUUCACGUUCCACUCGGCUGCGGAUCACGGACGGCGCAAGAAGCUCUUGUCGCACGCCUACUCGAAGUCGGCGGUGCUCCAGGAGUCGACGUCGCGCAUGGUCGAGGACAGGACGAGCGAGUACCUGGACCUGAUCGAGUCGGAGCCCGAGCGCACGAGCGACAUCUUCGCCACCCUGCAUUACUACUCGCUCGACAGCAUCACGGCCUUCAUCUACGGGAGGUACGGCGCCACCGAGGCCAUCCGCGGAGACGUCGCCCACCGCGCCCUCAUCGGGGACAUGCUCGACCCGUCGCGCAGGAGCCUCUCGUGGAGCGCCGUGCACGCACCCGCCCUGACCAGAUGGCUGUACACCCGGACGGGCGCCGUGGAGAGGAUGGUGCGUCCCGUCCUGCCCAUGAAGAAACCGGCCACGUACACCGGUAUACGGGAGCAUGCCCUGCUAGCUGUGAAUCGCUUCAAGGCCAUGGCAGAAAAAGUGUCGGCGACGAAUGAUUCUCCGCCAGUCUUGCAACGUCUGUGGACGCACCACACGAGCAACGAGCCAGGCGGCCUCUCAGACCUAGACAUCGCCUCCGAGUGCGCAGACCACUUCCUCGCGGGCAUAGACACCACUAGCGACACCCUCAUGUUCCUGAUCUGGUCCCUCUCGCAGGUCAGGAACAGGUCGUACCAGGACAGGCUGAGGGAUGAGCUGCUCCGCAUCGACGAGGGCGAGCUCAACGACGACGGCAACCCCACCGCCCAGGCGAGCGACAGGUGCACGUACCUUGCUGCCGUCAUCAGGGAGACCCUCCGUCUGUACGCGCCGCUGCCGACCUUUGAGCCCCGCUCGUGCCCCGCCGACUCCGUCGUGGACGGGUACGCCAUCCCGGCCAACACCAUCGUCGGCAUGUCGCCCUUCACUCUGCACCGUAACCCCGGCGUGUUCAAGGACCCGCAAAACUUCAACCCGGAUCGAUGGCUGGGGCAGGACACGACCGAGAUGAAUCGCUGGUUCUGGGCUUUUUCCAGCGGAGGGAGGAUGUGCAUUGGCUUACAUCUUGCCAUGGUUGAGAUGACAACGCUGGCUGCUGCUAUAUACAGGAAAUACCGGACGUCGCUGCCACCAGGCCUCGAUGACACUACGCCGGGAAUCACCGCUCGUUUUGAGCUCUUCUACGACGAUUCGUUCCCCAAUAUAAAG